AUGGCAGACGACGAGAGCAGUUCGACGUCCGAAGAGAGUUUGGACGUGCAAAGUGUGAAAUUUGAUCCGAUGAAGGCGCUCUAUUCCACAAAAAUACAGCUUUCGGGCAGGAAAGCGCCGAUUUACGACAAUGUUUCCAAGUUCGAAGCCGUACUGUCAGGUUUAUCCGCACGACCGAAAAAGAAAGAUCAAACGGUCAUCGGCAAACCAGGAGAAUGUUCGAGACGAUUUUUACCUCAUCAAGAGCCCGUGACUGGCAGAACAACGACAGGAGGACGAGAGUGGAGCAUAGAGGGAAGAAACGUCCUCGCGAAAAUGCAAAGAACCUUCGGCCCGUUAGGAAUGCUACACGGAUACAUGGAAAGUCGGACUCGCGUUAAGGUCUACACCAGGAACGCGCGCGGCAUAAGGGGACACGUGGAGGCAUACGUGGCUGCCUUCGACAAGCACUGGAACCUCGCGCUCGAGGACUGCUUCGAGGUUUGGACCCGUAAAGUCAAGAGGAAAGCACCUGCUUUGGGUGCUCUGAACUGGGUGAACGCGCGAGAGGACACCGCGCCCAAAGUGGUGGUGAAGAAGAUCGAGGGAAAGAAGGAGACCUUGGAGAGACACGUGCCGCAAAUGCUGCUGAGGGGAGAACAGGUCGCUAUAAUCGUCAAAAUCAAUUGAGCCGGUGAAUACGUCCUACCACCGAGGAACGGACACUGGUGACGUCACGCGACUCCGCGUUGCGACGCAUCGAAUCGGUGGACGAGCU